UGUGAGCGGCUCCGAGUGUUUUUGAAGAAGUAACCUGCAGUUUUGUGAUGAGAACCUUUAACCAUUGAAAAGAUGGGUGUGAGUGACUGUGGCGUGUGUGGCAAGGGAGUGGGCAGGGGCAGCGCCGGUGUGUGCUGCGAGAGGUGUGAGGUGUGGUGCCACCAGCCGUGCGUGGACAUCAAGACCAACUCGCGGCUCCUGCAGCACACCCUGCUCAUCUUCCUAUGCCUGGCGUGCAAGAACGUGACGAAGGACGAGUGGCGAAGAGACAGGCAGAAGACGGACAAGAACGUGCAGACGGAGACCAGCAACGAGGAGAAGGCAGUCCAGACGACCCCCAAGGACACCCUGGAGGACAGGGGAGUCCAGACAACAGCCGUGGCUGCCCCCAAGGACACCCUGGAGGACAGGGGAGUCCAGACAACAGCUGUGGCUGCCCCCAAGGACACCCUGGAGGACAGGGGAGUCCAGACAACAGCCGUGGCUGCCCCCAAGGACACCCUGGAGGACAGGGGAGUCCAGACAACAGCCGUGGCUGCCCCCAAGGAGGACCAUGUGGAGAGAGAGGUUCAGACUGCUGAGACCCUCAAGGAAAGACCAGACCAAGCGACAGAAACAGCAAGGCCUAGACGGACAACAGAAAUGAAGGUGAAGAGGGCCCCCAUCCGUAUCAUUGGAGACAGUAUGAUGAAGAAUGCGCACUGGCACGUUAAGUGCAACAUGGACGGCAGUGGCUGCACCAGCAUGAGUGGUGCCCAGAUCAGGAACAUCAAGAAAAGAGUGCAGCAUGAUGCGGCCGACUUGAAAGACGGACUGCUGAUCGUCCAGGGUGGUGGGAACGCCCUGGAGUACGUCGGACAGGAAGACACAGUGAAGGACGUAGUAGACUCUGUGAAGGCAGUGGAAGGAAAAGGAAUGAAGGUUGCAGUUGUGGGAAUUAUGAGACGCCCAAGGGAAGGACCACAGUACGAGAGACUGCGCCGAUCUACAAACAAGAGGAUCCAAGAAGAAAUGAUGAAGAUGAAGAUUGAAUGGACGCGAGGGAAGAAGGGCGACGUCAGCUUCAUCGACAUGGACGGAGUCCUGAGGGGAGAUGCAGCGUUCGACGUGGAUGGCGUGCACCUGAGCGGCAACGGGAACAGGAGGAUGGGGGAGCGCCUGCGUGAAUGGGAGCUGCCGAUAUAAAGGCCUGGCUGGGGAGAAAUCCCGAGCCACCUGUGACAUCAAGAUCAAGAUCAAGAUCAAGA